AUGCACUUUGACGAACUAGGAUAUGAAGGGGACGACUAUGAGGAUGUGGACACUCAAUACAUGAUUGAACAGAGUCUUCUGGAAUGUAACAAGCAGAUUGAAUCGCGGGAUUCCAGCCUAGGGGAUGAGUGCAGUCAAGAUAUAACAGAUCAUGUACAAAUCUUCUCCGCCAUCAGAAACGGUGACGAAGCAGCUCUCCGCCAGCUGUCUGUCAGCCAGAGUGCUUUCUCUGAAGUGGACAACAGAGGCUGGAUCCCCCUACAUGAGGCCGUUAGUCAGAAGAACCAAAAUAUUCUAGAGGUCACCUUUGCAGCGUCGAGUCAAAAUGCAGUGCAAUGUCGGACCGACCGGGGAAAGACACCUCUGUUCCUGGCGGUGGAGCAAGGUCUGAUAGAGAACGCAACCUUUCUGCUACAGAACCAUUCCAGUUCUGACUGCCAGGAUGACGAAGAGGACUCACCGCUAGUUAUAGCUAUCAGAAACGAUCGUCUGGACCUGGGCAAGCUUCUACUGGGGUUCGGUAGCAAUGUGAACCUGGAGGGAUGUCACAGCAGGACCCCCCUCCACGAGGCUGCCAAGCUGGGACGGGAGGACUUUGUGGAGCUGCUUCUCAGGUCUGGGGCCAACCCAGACGCCAGGUCCGACUAUGGGCUCACGCCCCUGGCCCUUGCCGCUCAGUGUGGGCAUGUGAAGGUAGUCCAAGCCCUCGUCCAGAAAGGGGCCAACGUGGAGUCUAUGGCCCAGGAUUAUGCAACAAUCCUAUUUGAGGCAUCUGCCUCUGGCAACCCUGAGAUUAUCUCUCUGCUGUUGGAGUAUGGAGCUGAUGCCAAUGUCCCCAAACACACCGGACACCUCCCCAUCCACAGAGUCUCCCACAGGGGCCAUUUACAAGCUCUGAAGAUCCUGAUCCCUGUGACGACCUGUGACGCAGUGUAUGAGAGUGGAAUGAGCCCCUUACACUCUGCAGCUGCUGGUGGUCACACACAGUGUCUAAAGGCCCUGCUGAAGGCAGGCUAUGACCCCAACUACAUGUUGCACCCGUGGGUCCGACGUAACUACGACGACCAGCGGAAGUCUGCCCUGUACUUUGCGGUGUCCAACGAUGAUGUCCCGUCGGUCAAGCUGCUGCUGGAGGCUGGGGCCAUGCCCAACCAGGACCCUGUCAAGUGCCUACAGGUGGCUCUGAGGUCGGGUAACCUGGAGAUGAUCUACGUCCUGCUGAGGUUCGGAGCCAACGUCAACUACUUCUCCCGCAUCAAUACCACCCACUUCCCCUCCGCGCUACAGUAUGCCUUGAAGGACGAGGUUGUCCUGCGCUUGCUUUGUAACUAUGGCUACGAUGUCCAGCGCUGCUUCGAGUGCAACUACGGUGAAGCGUCCCAUGUUCCUGAUGACUAUGAGGGCUGGACAAAUACUGUCAUCAACGACUCCAUGUUUUGCGAGGUUAUCUCAGUCUACUGGUUGAAAGAACACUCGGGACAUGUGGUGCGUAUCAUGCUGGAUUACGUCGAUCACGUGACCUUCUGCUCGAAACUAAAGGCUGUCCUGAUGGAACAAAAGCAGUGGCCUGAUAUCUGCAAAAUUCAAGAGAACGCUCGCUGUCUUCAGCAUCUCUGUCGUCUGAAGAUCCGUAGCUGUCUGGGCCGACUGCGUCUCAGGGCCCCAGUGUUCAGGCAUUUCCUGCCUCUACCCAAACGGCUCAAAGAUUACAUCCUGUACCGGGAAUAUGAUCUCUUCAGCCAGAAGAUCCUAGUGGGCUGACAGGAAGAAGUACAUGGAGUAUGAGCGAAGAAGAUAGGCCUACAUUAACAAUUAGUCAGUGACUCAGCAAUGCUAUUAGUUAGAGUUUUUUACUCUCAGGGGUGCCGUCGAAAUCUUUUAGUAUUUUUGGAGGGAGGGGGCACAUUGAGGCUGAUUUGUUCAUUGUGCCAAUAACCCCCUAGCUCUACUGUAAUUCAAACCUUGCUAUUAGUCUGUCAGGCAGACGAGCUGAGCUCACUCACAUCAGGUUAAAAUAGUUUACUGUUAUCAUCAAGUGGAAUUUG